CUUAUAACGGUUACUAAUUCAAAAUUCUUGUAAUUUCUUCUAUAUAUAGCAUGCGGAGAUUAAGAACCUUUACGUUUACUCGUUCAGAAACACAAGCACGAGCUGUGUCGUAUUCCUCUUCAAUUUCAAAUAGGCCCUGUGUUGCUGCUUCAUCGUUUCCUUGUUCUGGUGUCUCUCCAAGAGGUAUCAGACACAGAAUCCCAUUAUUGAUCAGAAAAUUUUCAUUUUCGACAAGCUCACUGUCGCUGAAGAAUCCGAUGGAACCUGAAAAUAGAGUUCAACGGUCUGGGUUGCUUAGUGCGGUUGAUGAUUUAUACGGGGGAGUUAUGGUGGAUAUGAAAGAACACAUGGAUGUUAUGGUCUUUGUUCCCUUACUAAGGGCUUCUCUAUCAUAUUGGAGGGAACUGGGAAAGAAGGGUAUUUGGAUCAAAGUGCCUAUUCAACUUGUGCAUCUCAUUGAGCCUGCGGUCAAGGAGGGCUUUAGAUUCCACCAUGCAGAACCAGAAUACUUAAUGCUUGUGUGUUGGAUUUCUGAAACUACUGACACCCUGCCUUCAAAUGCUUCUCAUCGAGUGGGAAUCGGUGCUUUUGUCAUGAAUACGAAGCAAGAGGUGCUUGUAGUUCAGGAGAAGGGUGGCAAGUUCAAAGGCACAGGAGUGUGGAAGUUCCCUACAGGGGUUGUGAAUGAGGGUGAGGAUAUAUGUGAAUCUGCUGUUAGAGAAGUUAAAGAAGAGACUGGGGUUGAUACAGAAUUUGUGGAAGUCUUAGCAUUCAGGCAGAGCCAUCAGUCAUUCUUUGGCAAAUCGGAUUUGUUUUUCGUUUGCAUGUUACAGCCUCGUUCCUCUCAUAUCCAGAAGCAAAUGUCAGAACUUGAGGCAGCACAGUGGAUGCCAUUUGAGGAGUAUGCAGCGCAACCUUUCGUCCGAGACCAUAAGCUCUUCAAUUACAUUGCCAAUAUAUGCUUAGCUAAAUCAGAGAAAGGGUAUUCUGGUUUUCCAGCAGUGUCUACAACCACAUCUUCUGGUAAAACGACAAACUUGUAUGUUAACAAGAAGGAUUUGAACGAGCUGUGAAAAAAAAA